UUAUCUCAGGUUCUUCUCGAGUACAAAUCUACCAUGGCUUUCCUUUCAGUAGCUCUUCUAUCUAUUAUAGCUCACCUGGCUUUAGGUCAAGGUUGGGGUCAGAGUAACUCACGACUUAGUCAAGGUAAUGCAGGACUUGGUUUGGGACAGGCAGGGGCUUCCUGGGGCCAAGCCGGACUUGGUCAAGGUAAUGCAGGACUUGGUUUGGGACAGACAGGAGCAUCUUUAGGUCAAGCUGGACUUGGACUUGGCUCUGCUGGGUUUGGAUUUGGUGCCGGUGGACUUGGAUUUGGUACCCAUGGACUUGGGAUUGGAAGAACAGGUUGGGGUCAAGCAGGGACAGGAUGGGGCCAGAACAUUAUCAACCCUUAUCUGAAUACAACCAUUACAUGCACUGGAACAGCAACAGGUUUUGCUAUGUCUCUUACCCUGAGGAGGAUGCAGCCAACUUGGGGAGGAUGGGGUAUUGGUCAGUCUCGAAGUACUAGUGGUCUGACUGGAUCUGCCGUUCUGAGGACUACAACUGUGUCAGGAACUUACAACCUCGUUAUCACUGAGAGAUCUCGUGUGGAGGCUGGAUGUACCGCUGAUGGACUCGGUCCUGUCCUUGGAAGCAACGUGUGGGGCCAACAGUGGGGUCAAGGUCUUGGUCAACAGUGGGGUCAACCAUGGGGACAGCAGUGGGGACAAGGAUGGGGUCAGUCAUGGGGCACUGGAACGACCACCACCCCCGGAGUUGUCACCUCUGUCACCCUCACUACAAACCAGGAGACUGUCAUUGACUUGGGCUCUGCCAACCUACCAUUCAGACAGCUCGAGAGAUACGGAGGACGUGGGAUGGCUCUGUGUACAUCCUUGACCACUGGCACCGAUGGACGUCAAGUGUGUGUGGAGCCUAUCCUGGCCUGUUGCAAGUUGGGAUUCGACAACAUGGAUGCUGUCACACCGACACCUCCAUAAACAGUCUGAGUUAUCUGAAGGCUACAACAAGUGUGUGAAUGCUGUAUGUAAACUGCAUGUUAUGUGAAUACUAUUCUUAACUUAUGAAUUUCUGAUAUUUCUCAUCUCAUGUGACAGAACUACAUUAGUUGUAUUAAUAUCAUUGCUUGUUCUGUUCAUCAACAAUCAUUAUUAAUGCUCGUCACAAAGAUCAUAGGAGGUAUUUAUUUUACAAAUAAAAAGUACGAAAACAA